AUGAAACUUCUUCAACUUGCCACCCUGGUGGCUUCCAUCAGCCCAUUCGCCAGCGCAGCAGACGCAAACGCCUGGAAGUCGCGAAACAUUUAUUUUGCUCUCACAGAUCGUGUUGCGCGUAGCGGUAGUGAUAGCGGCGGUAACGCCUGCGGCAAUCUCGGAAACUAUUGCGGUGGAACCUUUAAGGGUCUUGAGGCUAAGCUCGACUACAUCAAGGGCAUGGGAUUCGACGCCAUCUGGAUCACUCCUGUUGUUGAGAACACGGAUGGCGGAUACCACGGAUAUUGGGCCAAAAAUCUUUACGAGGUCAAUGCCAAGUACGGAACCAAAGACGACCUGAAGAGUCUAGUCAACACUGCCCAUAGCAAGAACAUGUACGUCAUGGCUGACGUAGUAGCAAAUCACAUGGGUCCAGGCAUCCAAAACCACAGACCCGAACCUCUGAACCAACAAAGUUCUUACCACUCUUCCUGCGCAAUCGACUACAACAACCAAAACAGUAUCGAGCAGUGUGAGAUCGCUGGCUUGCCCGAUCUCAACACUGGUAGCGCAACAGUCAAGAAGGUUCUCAACGACUGGAUCUCAUGGCUCGUCUCCGAAUACAGCUUCGAUGGUAUCCGCAUUGACACCGUCAAGCACGUCGAAAAGGGCUUCUGGCCUGAUUUCCAGAAGGCCGCUGGAGUCUUCUCUAUCGGUGAAGUCUGGGAUGGAAGCCCUGAUUACCUUGCAGGGUACUCAAAGGUCAUGCCUGGUCUAUUGAACUACGCCAUCUACUACCCCAUGAACCGCUUCUACCAGCAGAAGGGUGACCCAUCCGCAGUGGUUGAUAUGUACAACGAGAUCAGCCAAAAGUUUGACGACCCAACUGUCCUGGGAACAUUCAUCGACAACCACGAUAAUCCUCGAUGGUUAAGCCAGAAGAACGACCAGGCCCUCCUCAAGAACGCCCUUGCCUACGUUAUUCUCUCUCGUGGUAUUCCCAUUGUCUAUUAUGGCACCGAGCAGGGUUACGCUGGAGGCAAUGACCCCGCAAACCGUGAGGAUCUCUGGCGUAGCAACUUCAAGACAGACUCAGACCUUUACCAGACUAUCUCCAAGCUCGGAAAGGCCCGCUCCGCUGUUGGUGGUCUCGCAGGAAACGACCAGAAGUUCCUCAAGUCCAAUGACAGUGCACUUAUCUGGAGCCGUGCCGAUAGCGAUCUAAUUGUUGUGACUCUGAAUCGAGGAAAAGGAUUUUCCGGAGAGUACUGCUUCAACACUGGCAAGAACAACAAGACUUGGGACAGAGUGCUAGGCCAAGGAACUGUCAAGUCUGACGGUAACGGCCAGCUAUGUGUUAGCUACACUAACGGUGAACCCGAGGUUCUCGUUGCGGCAAACUAA